AUGAGUCAGCUGCGGGCGCUGGCCGCAGUGCUGCGGGGCGGAGGUGUUGGGGGCAGCCGGCUGCUGCUCGGAGGCUGCGGAGCGGGUCAGGCCCGGGCCGCCCGGCGCUGGGCCGGGCCCCGGAGGGGCUGCUCCUCCCGGACGGAGCCGCUCCUCCCGGCGCUCACUGCCUCCAGCUAUGUGGAGGAGAUGUACUUUGCCUGGCUGGAGGACAGUAAAAACGUCCACGAGUCGUGGGACAGGUUCUUUCGUAACCUGCAGGCCUCCGGUCCAUCUGGUGAGGCGGGUGAGAGACGGCCCUCCGCUCUGCUGCAGGGCCGAGUCCUGUCCCACUCACACGACAGGGCACAGAAAGUGGUGGAGGACCACCUGGCUGUGCACACACUCAUCAGAGCGUACCAGAUUCGUGGUCACCAUGUUGCCCAGUUAGACCCUUUGGGAAUCCUGGAUGCCGAUCUAGACUCCUUCGUGCCCUCUGACCUGAUCACCACCAUCGAUAAAUUGGGUUUUUAUGGUCUUACCGAGUCCGACUUGGACCGAAGCUUUCAGCUGCCUGCAACAACCUUCAUUGGUGGAGAAGACUCGACUCUUCCUCUGAGAGAAAUUAUACGCAGAUUGGAGACAUCCUACUGCGGCCACAUCGGUGUUGAAUUCAUGUUCAUUAACAACGUGAAACAGUGUCAGUGGAUCCGUCAGAAAUUCGAGACUCCGGGCGCGAUGCAGUUCACUAAUGCUGAGAAGAGAACGCUGCUGGCCCGCCUCAUCAGAUCCACACGGUUUGAGGACUUUCUGGCCAGAAAGUGGUCAUCAGAGAAGCGUUUUGGCCUGGAGGGCUGUGAAGUCCUCAUCCCAGCUCUGAAAACCAUUAUUGACAAGUCGAGUGCUGCUGGCAUUGACAGUGUGAUCAUGGGGAUGCCUCAUCGGGGACGUCUUAACGUUUUGGCCAACGUGAUCCGUAAAGACCUCGAUCAGAUAUUUUGUCAGUUUGACCCCAAACUUGAAGCGACUGACGAGGGAUCGGGGGACGUCAAAUACCACCUGGGGAUGUAUCAUGAGAGGAUCAACCGCGGGACGGACAAGAACAUCACACUGUCCCUCAUGGCAAACCCCUCCCACCUGGAGGCCGUCGACCCAGUGGUUCAGGGAAAGACUAAAGCUGAGCAGUUUUACCGAGGAGACAUUCAAGGGAAGGAGGUGAUGUCCAUCUUGAUGCACGGUGACGCUGCUUUUGCUGGACAAGGUGUUGUGUAUGAGACCUUUCACCUGAGCGAGCUGCCCUCCUACACAACACAUGGCACAAUCCACGUCGUGGUCAACAACCAGAUUGGCUUCACUACAGAUCCUCGCAUGGCCCGCUCCUCUCCUUACCCCACCGACGUGGCCCGGGUAGUCAAUGCGCCCAUCUUUCACGUGAACGCCGACGACCCCGAAGCUGUGAUGUACGUGUGCCAGGUGGCCGCGGAGUGGAGGACCACCUUCAACAAGGACGUCGUCAUUGACCUGGUCUGUUACAGGCGUUUUGGCCACAAUGAAAUGGACGAGCCCAUGUUCACCCAGCCGCUGAUGUACAAACAGAUCCGUCGGCAGGAACACGUGCUGAAAAAGUACUCCCACAAGCUCAUUGCUGAGGGAGUGGUGACACUGCAGGAAUUCGAGGAAGAGGUGGCCAAAUAUGACAAGAUAUGCGAGGAGGCGUACACCAGCUCUAAAGAUGAGAAGAUCCUACAAAUUCGACACUGGCUGGAUUCCCCUUGGCCAGAUUUCUUCACGGCAGAAGGAGAGCCCAGGAGCAUGAGCUGCCUCCCCACCGGGCUGGACGAGGACGUCCUGCAGCACAUCGGUCAGACGGCCAGCUCAGUGCCAAUAGAAGACUUUAAGAUCCACCCCGGUUUGUCCCGUAUCCUGCGCAGUCGAGCUGACCUGGUGAAGAACCGUCAGAUGGACUGGGCUCUCGGGGAGUACAUGGCGUUUGGCUCGCUCCUUAAAGAUGGUAUACACGUGCGACUCAGUGGGCAAGAUGUUGAGCGGGGAACCUUCAGUCACCGUCAUCACGUUCUGCAUGACCAGGAAGUGGACAAACGUACCUGUGUUCCCAUGAACCACCUGUGGCCAAAUCAGGCUCCUUACACUGUUUGCAACAGUUCCUUAUCAGAGUAUGGAGUUCUCGGUUUUGAGCUUGGCUUCGCCAUGGCCAGUCCAAACGCCCUGAUCCUCUGGGAGGCCCAGUUUGGAGAUUUUCACAACACGGCACAGUGCAUCAUUGAUCAGUUCAUAAGCUCUGGCCAGGCGAAGUGGGUGCGCAACAAUGGCAUCGUGCUGCUGCUGCCGCAUGGCAUGGAGGGCAUGGGUCCAGAACAUUCGUCAGCCCGGCCGGAGCGCUUCCUGCAAAUGAGCAAAGACGAUCCAGACCACAUCCCCGAGAUCACGGAAGAUUUCGAAGUUCAGCAGAUGUACGAUUGUAACUGGAUCGUGGUCAACUGCUCCACACCUGCCAACUACUGCCAUGUGCUCCGGCGACAGAUUCUGCUGCCAUUCAGGAAACCGCUGAUCAUUUUCACUCCAAAAUCUCUGCUCAGACACCCGGACGCACGCUCGAGUUUCGAUGACCUCGCAAAAGGCACUAAAUUUAAGCGGGUUAUUCCUGACGAGGGUCCUGCCAGCCAAAGCCCACGCCAAGUGAAAAGGGUCAUCUUCUGCACUGGGAAAGUCUACUAUGAACUGGUCAAAGAGAGGAAACAGCUAAAGAUGGAGAGAGAAGUCGCCAUCAUCAGGCUCGAGCAGAUCUCGCCUUUCCCGUUUGAUCUGAUCCGAGAGGAGACCAAGAGAUACGCCAACGCUGAGCUGAUCUGGUGUCAGGAGGAGCACAAGAACAUGGGUUACUACGAUUAUGUGCGACCGCGUUUCCUGACAGUGGUCGAGAACAAGAGACCCGUUUGGUAUGUGGGACGAGACCCUGCAGCCGCGCCAGCGACCGGGAACAAAUCCACCCACCUGAAUGAGCUGAGGAGGUUCAUGGACGCAGCUUUCAACCUGAACGCCUUCAACAAGAGGGACAUGUAAAAAAAGAAAAAAAUAAUAAUAAUAAUGGAAUCAAGAAUCAGGCUGUUGGUGUAAGUUUUGCUAUCAAUCUCCGUGACACACAUGUGGCACAUGCACUCUCUUGAUAAUAUUUGUAAACAUAAUUUAACACCUUUAAUGAUAUUUAAUGUUUCUCUUUACGGAUUAUGCAAAGAUCGGAUAAGACAUAGGACAAUCACUGUUUCUGGAACUGUCUCAAUAGUGUCCACUCCUCUGGUGCUGUUAGGUUCAUUAGAAGACUGUUAAUGUUAUUGAUUUGUAUUACUGUCUAGAUUUCAUUGAUGGACAGUGGAAUCAAUACAAAGCCUCCCAGCGGUGUGCUCAAACAAUGAAUGUGAGUCACGUAUCUCAGGUAUGAAGACUGUGCUGAAAUUUAACACCUCAGUAGGUUUACUGCAUGCAUUUGGUUUGGCUACCUGAGCUACUGGUGAAGGAGUUUGUAUUUAUUGUCACACCUCACUUCAUCAGGAGACAUGAGCCAGCUGGCACAGAGACUUCAAACCAUGUUUUCUACUUAGGACAUAAGGCUCGGCUUCCUCUCGGAUGCUGAGGGACACACAGACGCGCACACAC